GAGUCUACACGGGACAUGGGGACUUUAGGCGCACGGGACAUGGCCUGGUGAGGGUUAGGAGUGCGUAAAAAGCGCCGACAAAGUGGAUAAAGCUACGUCUGGCUGUGCGUAAAAAUGAAGUUCGCUCAGUUUCUGCUGAAGAAUGGCUCGGCGGCGGGGAUACCCAAACUCGUGGAGCGUUUCGCCAAGUUCUCGCCGUCUCCUCUGUCCAUGAAGCAGUUUAUUGAUUUCGGCUCGGCCAAUGCCUGUGAGAAGACGUCCUUCGUGUUCCUGCGCCAGGAGCUGCCCGUGCGAUUCGCCAACAUUAUGAAGGAGAUCGACUACCUCCCUGACAAACUGCUCAGCACACCAUCGCUCAAGUUGCUGCUCAGCUGGUACUCCCAGAGCCUGAUGGACCUGGUGGAGUUCUUAGAGGAGGACCCCUACGACAAAGACGUCCUGAAAAACUUCACAAACCUGCUCAUAACCAUCCGAAGCCGACACAACAACGUGAUGCCCACCAUGGCGCAGGGCGUGCUGGAGUACAAGGACGCCUUUGGGGUGGACCCCGUCACCAACCAGAACGUCCAGUACUUUUUGGACCGCUUCUACAUGAGCCGCAUCUCCACACGCAUGCUCAUGAACCAGCACACUCUGAUCUUCGAUGGCAGUAACCAGGCCCAUCCCAAACACAUCGGCAGUGUGGACCCAUCGUGUGACGUCAUAGAGGUCAUCCAUGAUGCCUACGAAACGUCCAAGCUGCUAUGUGAGCAGUUCUACCUGACCUCUCCGGACAUGGAGAUCACACAGGUGAACGCCAAGCAGCCGGGAAAGCCCCUGGACAUCGUGUACGUGCCCUCUCAUCUUUACCAUAUGCUGUUCGAGCUCUUCAAGAAUGCCAUGAGAGCCACAGUGGAGACCCAUGAGAGCAGCCCAGUGUUACCCCCCAUCAAAGUGCGUGUGUCCCUGGGCAGUGAGGACCUGACCAUCAAGAUGUCGGACCGGGGAGGUGGGGUCCCUUUGAGGAAGAUCGAGCGUCUCUUCUCCUACAUGUACACCACAGCCCCCAGCCCUGUGCACAUGGACAACUCCCGCAAUGCACCUCUGGCUGGGUUUGGCUAUGGCCUUCCUAUCUCCCGCCUCUACGCCCGUUACUUCCAGGGAGACCUCAAGCUCUACUCCAUGGAGGGUUACGGCACCUCUGCUGUCAUCUAUCUCAAGGCUCUGUCCUCCAGCUCUGUGGAGAGACUCCCCGUCUUCAACAAGUCCGUCCUGCGACACUACCAGGCCAGCACAGAGGCUGACGACUGGUGCCUGCCCAGCAAAGAGCCCAAGAAGUUGGGCAAGUGAGACCAAGAACCACCCAUAUGAACUGACCAACCAACCGAGACCUGCCUCUAUAAGCUCCUCUUCCUUUUACUUUCACAUUCACCAAACUCAUGGAUGUGUGGUGACGACCCCUGUCUCAUAGGACAAGACCAUAUCUAGGGAUGGGCCGAUAAGGAUUUUUUGAGCCAAUACGACAUCCGAUAUUUGACCUGCUACUGUGACUGUUAACCGAUAUUUGCUUAUACUGAUAUUUAUCGUUUAAAAUCCAUUUAACAGGCCAAACAUAUAUCUUGAAGUAAAGAUCACAAAUAAAAUUUUCAUUUUUGUAAAAAUAAUAACAAAAUUAUUGUUUUGAUCUGGGAUAUAAAAUCAUUUGUUCCAUGCUUGUGAAACAUACUGCCAUAUACCCUUCUAUACAAAAAGGGGAAUGUCAGUAUCGAAUAUUGGUAUCAAAUAUCAAUAUCGGACGAUACCGACAUCAAUUAAUGUUUAACUGCCGAGACUGGAACCAAUAUAUCGCCCACCCUAAUCAUAUCAUAUCAAGAACAUUGAGUAAUUUUAUUUUGACAGCAGUAUUCCAUGUAUUAAAGAGCCUGUACCUGAUUUUAAUGUAUUCUCGUCAAGAAAAGUACUGUUAAAUGAGAAAACAUACAAAAGAAACAACUAAAACUAAAAUAUAUCCUAUUAAUUUUCUUUAGCAUUUUGUUGGGUAAUAACUAAGACAAUCAGGCACAUUGUUCACUAAGAACUAUGGGAAACCAACUGCCUGACACUGUCUAUAUGAGUCUCUGUCAUUCAUUUUCAAGAGCACCUAAAAGGUAAAUAGUAGGUAGAGAUUAGAGAACUUUAAGGAAACGACUGCAGGAUCCCGGACAGUUGUUUCUGUGUCGUGGAGCAACAUCACCGCGGCAGAAAGGACUAAGUGGGCGGGGCUAAAAGUUCAAACUAAACAUGUUCUUGACUCGUGGUUUAAAAUGAGGUACAGGCAUUUCAACACAGAACAGUGCACUGUGUCGACAGCAGGACUUUCACUUUCACAGAGAACUCUUGAAUUUGGUGCGUAAUGUGAUGCUCUGUGGGAGAAACCAAAAUGGUCGAAGGAGAGGAUUUCACCAAACAGGAUUACUUAAACAUGUGUGUAUUAGAGUCAACUGGAUAAUUUUAUGGAAACAGAAAUUAAAACCAUACUUCUCCAUGGCAAUAGAUAGUUUAAUGUCAUACCAAAGGAACAUUUCCAUGGAAACAAGCUUGAAGUGGCCCUGCUCCAGGCUAAAUAAGGGUCAGGUUUGUGGAGAUGCAAGCCCACUCAUGGUAAAUAUGGAUGUUUUUCUUUCUUUUUCAAUGUAAUAAAAACAUCCAUAAUGAAACACAUUAGUAUAUGUUUCGGCAAAAAAGUUACAUUCUAUGACUUUAAACAAAUCAAUACUCAAACAUGUUUUUGAGAUUCAAAGAAAACAAUAUCAAAAUACAUUUCUCAAUAUAUGUAUUUUUCUUCCAAUGACGAAAUUUUUUUUUUUAUGGAUUGUAUUUUUGUGACCUGUAGUAAAUGUGCUGAAAUGUGCCUAAAAUCUUUCUUCAGGUGUUACGCAAACGUGAAUGGACAGUAAAAUCAACCACAAUAAGUUUUUUUUUUUUGUUUUUUUUGUUUUGUUCCUUUUGUAAAUUAGCAUGUCUUUUUUCUAUAAUAUCUACACAGCAACUAUUUCCAUAUUCUGUUGAAUUUUGUUAUUCUGUUGAAGAUCAUUUUUUGGCCGCCUCUACAACACAGCUCAGUUUACGAUAAGUCCUUCAAAGAUACUGUACCUGAUUUUACUGUGUAAAAUGGCACUAGUUCAUUUUAAACGGUUUGCAGUGACCCAAAGCUGCUCCUCACUCACCCUGUGCAUUCUGGGCAUCCUAAUUAUUCAAAGUGAUGAAGUGCUUUUUUCAAUUUCUAGAGACCAGUACAGAGUUUGGCUGUGACGGUAAAGCUAACAUCUAUCAUGCUAACCGUGUACUUCCUGAUUAUCGGACAAUCAGACGCAUAUUAGAUGCAGAUAGUACACAGUGGACUUAUUUUGACCUCAAUAGCUGCAGCUACAAAUACAUGGGAAAAAAUCAGGUACAGGACCUCUAAGAUCACAAUUUUGUAUCACGCAAUUAUUCAUAAGUCAGUACAAACGUUUAUUUGUUUGUUACUAAUUAUUUUUGCAUGACUUGAAAUUGACUAUGCAAAACCACGCAGCCUGUAGCAUAUACAGCUCCCUGCUCCUGUCAAAGGGGAUAAACAGGUCUAUAUUUUGGUGCUUUUAGACUAUUGCUAUAUGAAAUGUUAACAUGAUUGUUUAUUUUAUGUACUUUUUUCAGCAAAUUUGUGUGCACAGUUUGAGAGUGUAAUUUUAAAGCUAAAUGUGAUUGUUUGAACCAGGGAAUGCGUAUUAUAAAAGUCUCCCAUUGUGUUAC